AUGGGGGCCGUGUGGGGCCAGGCGGCGCGGCUCGGGCUCCCGGCGGCGCGGGCGGCGGCGGCCCCGGCGGGCAGCGGCGCUGGGCGGCUCCGCUGGCUGUGCGGAGCCGGGUCGGCCCCGCUGGUGCUUCUGGCGGCCGCGCUGCCCCGCGGCCCGGCCCGCCCUCCUCACUUCCUGCGCGCCGGGGCGGGGCGCGCGUCCUGGGGCCGCCGAGCCGAGAGCGGCAGCGGGAGCGGCGCGGCCGCCGCGCACCUGCCCGGGGAGCAGCCGCCAGCCAUGCCCGCCGCCGAGCCCGAGCACAGCCCCGCCGAGCCGCAGGCGCCUGCUGCCGCCGAGCCGCUGCGCCGCGGCCGCCGCAGGAAGGCCAAGGACGAGGCCGCGGAGAGGAAGGCGAAGCGGCGCGGUAAGGCCGAGGGCGAGCAGGCGCAGCCCGAGGAGAGCGGGCUGGGGAAUGGCGACCUCGAGCCGCCCCUGCCCAAGAAGACGAAGAAAAUCAAGGAGAACAGCAGCGGUUUGGUGGGAGAGAGCGACGUCGCACAGCACGCCCUGGAAUCUUCCCCCACUGCGAGCGACAGCGGGACAGCCCCGGCUGCCCAGGGCGGGGCCGGCGGAGAGCAGGACAGCGACGCCGAGGAGCUGACAGAAGAAGCAAAAGAAGGCGCCUUCUCUAAUUUCCCUCUCUCCCAAAACACUAUCAACCUUCUCACAGCUCGAGGUGUAAAAUACCUGUUCCCUGUGCAAGCGAAGACUUUCCAGCCCAUAUAUGAUGGCAAAGACGUCAUUGCUCAAGCUCGAACGGGAACUGGGAAAACCCUUUCCUUUGCUCUUCCACUGAUUGAAAAACUCCAGAGUGUCUCACAGGAUGGGAGAAGAGGCCGUGCACCCAAAGUGCUGGUUCUUGUUCCAACCAGGGAACUGGCUACUCAGGUAGCCAGAGACUUCAAGAAUCUCACAAGGAAACUGUCAGUUGCUUGUUUUUAUGGAGGAACUCCAUAUAAAGAACAGCUUGAUCUCCUUAGAAGUGGCAUUGAUAUUCUAGUGGGAACUCCUGGGCGGAUCAAAGACCACGUCCAGAAUAGCAAGCUGGAACUUUCCAGCGUGAAGCAUGUUGUUUUGGAUGAAGUAGAUCACAUGUUAGACAUGGGCUUUGCUGAACAAGUGGAAGAAAUCUUAGGAUUUGCUUAUAAAAAAGGCUCUGAGAACAACCCUCAGACACUGCUGUUUUCUGCGACUUGUCCGCGGUGGGUUUAUGAUGUAGCAAAAAAGUACAUGAAAGAUGAGUAUGAACAGAUUGACCUGAUUGGAAAGAAGACCCAAAGGACAGCCACAACUGUGGAGCACUUGGCAAUCCAAUGUCGGUCCUCUCAGAGAGCAGGAGUCCUUGGGGACAUCAUCCAGGUCUACAGUGGCAGCCGUGGGCGGACCAUUGUCUUCUGUGAGACCAAGAAGGAGGCAAAUGAGCUGGCCAUGAAUGCCUCGCUCAAACAGGAUGCCCAGUCCUUGCAUGGAGACAUUCCACAGCAACAGAGAGAAGUUACAUUAAAAGGCUUCAGAACCGGUGUGUUUGAAGUUCUGAUUGCAACAAAUGUAGCUGCCCGUGGUUUGGAUAUUCCUGAGGUUGACCUUGUUAUACAGUGCUCACCACCAAAAGAUGUUGAUUCCUACAUCCACCGUUCCGGGCGGACGGGCCGCGCUGGCCGGACCGGCAUCUGCAUUUGUUUGUUUCAGAGAAGAGAAGAAGAUCUUCUGAAACAAGUCGAGCACAAAGCGGGGAUUACAUUUAAGCGUGUGGGCGUUCCCUCUGCUACAGAUGUAAUUAAAGCUUCAAGUAAUGAUGCCAAAAAGUUGCUGGAGGACAUUCCUGCUUCUGCAGUCGACUACUUCAGAAAAUCUGCUGAAGAGCUCAUAGAGGAGAAGGGGGCAGUGGCUGCCCUGGCUGCAGCCCUGGCCCAUAUUUCAGGGGCAGCUUACAUCCAGCAGCGCUCCUUGCUCAACUCCACGGCCGGCUUUGUGACCAUGGUGUUGAAGUGUUCCAUAGAGAUGCACAGCAUGGGCUAUGCCUGGCGGGGGCUCAAAGAACAGCUUGGGGAGGAAGUGGAUGACAAAGUGUCUGCAAUGCGUUUCCUCAAGGGGAAGAUGGGGGUCUGCUUUGAUAUCCCUGUUGAUGAACUGAGUAACAUACAGGAACAGUGGAAGGACACCAGGCGCUGGCAGCUCUCGGUGGCAAAGGAGUUGCCUGAACUGGAAGAGUAUCCCCAGGAGGCGGGACGAGGGUUCUCAAAGUUUGGAAAUGGAAGGCAAGGCAACUUCAAGAGGAACAGCUGGUUCAAGAGUGGGAACCGGGGACUUUAACAGAACACUCGAUUAACCUCCAGUACAGACUUGGGACUGAGCUGAAUUUUAUCAAACAGUAAAAGCCUGUUAGACGCUC